AAUUUUCAAAGGGAAGAACGACAAUGGUGGGUGGAGGUUUUUGUACGCAACCCACCAGUCCGAAAUUUCUUGUAACAUUCACGCAGUCUAUAUUUCAAAGUUGUCGGAUCCUAUAAAACCGAAGUAAGAAGGGAGGAAAAACUCACAAGUAGCUUUCAGACCCAUGGAGGAGAACAAUAAGAAGCAGCAGGUGGAGUCGUACCAAAAUGUCGUCGUAAUGAGGCACGGUGACCGAAUCGAUAAUUUCGAGCCGCUCUGGGUGACGACGACCGACAGGACUUGGGACCCGCCUCUGGUGGAGAAGGGUCGGGUCAGGGCUUUUUGCACGGGUCGGAAGCUCCGGACUUCUCUCGGGUUCCCGAUCCACCGGGUGUUCGUAUCCCCUUUUAUCCGAUGCGCCCAAACGGCUUCCGAGGUUGUCUCUGCACUCUGUGCCGUCGAUGAUGACUCCAACGCCACCAUCUCCGAUGAAGUCUCAAUUGAUGCCUCCAAAAUCAAGGUCUCAGUUGAGUACGGAUUAUGUGAAAUGUUGAAUAGGGAAGCCAUAAGAAAUGAUUAUGCGCCCAAAGAUGGCAACUUUGGUUUCAACAUCUCAGAGAUUGAAGCCGCGUUACCUGCUGGGACUGUGGAUCAUUCGGUCGAACGAGUGUACAAAGAGUUGCCCCAGUGGGAAGAGCCUGCGGCUGGUGCAAGGAGUAGAUAUGAACAAAUCAUCAAAGCUCUUGCAGAUAAGUACCCUUCAGAAAACUUGCUGCUUGUCACGCAUGGGGAAGGAGUUGGUGUUGCCGUCUCUGCGUUCUUGAAGGGUGCAACUGUGUAUCAAGUAGAAUAUUGUGCCUUUGCAGAGCUAGGAAGACCGAUAUUGAACAAGGAGCAGGUCAAAACUGCUGGAGACUUUGAGUUGCUUACAAAACCAGGUCAAACGGGAAUUGGUUAUUUACCAGGAAGCACAGCAAGUGAUGGCAAAGUGGAAAAUGGUCUAGCAGAACCUCUAUCCCAGACAUCAUCCUAAUAAUGUCCAACUCAAAACUGUUGUUUUCUUCGGCGCAUUUGCUUUGUUUUAUUUCCAAGUCAAUUAUUGUGUGAAAUUACAAUUUCAGAUCCAUUAAUUGUAAAACUAUAAGCCUAUAACUAGUGGUUUUAUUUUCAUUGAAGUUCAAUGGAUUUGUGUUUUGAUUGAUAGAAAUGGGAAGAUCCUGUUAUUGUUUA